UCAAUAUUCUAUGCGGAAUAUUUUGUUUUAGAACGAAACGGAAAAGUGGGAGUGCUCUCCCCACCAUGGAGGACACAGAAGUUAUAUAUUCGACUGCCUGACGGCCCCCGCUUGAAAUCUACUUACGUUUUGGACGCGCAUGCGUUUCCGCAAGUAGGAAAGGAGGAAAGUAGGGAUACAUCCCCACCAUGGAGGACACCGAAGUUAUAUAUUCCACUGCCUGGCGGCCCCCGCUUCAGACCUACUUACGAUUUCGACACGCAUGCGUUUCCGCAAAACGAAACGGAAAAGUGGGAGUGCUCUCCCCACCAUGGAGGACACAGAAGUUAUAUAUUCGACUGCCUGACGGCCCCCGCUUGAAAUCUACUUACGUUUUGGACGCGCAUGCGUUUCCGCAAGUAGGAAAGGAGGAAAGUAGGGAUACAUCCCCACCAUGGAGGACACCGAAGUUAUAUAUUCCACUGCCUGGCGGCCUCCGCUUCAGACCUACUUACGAUUUCGACACGCAUGUGUUUCCGCAAAACGAAACGGAGAAGUGGGAGUGCUCUCCCCACCAAGGAGGACACCGAAGUUAUAUAUUCGACAGCCUGAGGGGCCCCGCUGCAAUAUUCAUCGCAAUUCCUACAGCAUGCCUCUUUCGCAAGUAG